AAAUAGUCUAAGGUAUGAGCCAUACUUAGGGGAGAAUGAGAGGCAGUCAUACCUCCGGCAUGCUGUGCUCUUUGGGUUCUUUGUUCAACUUAAUCGGAUGUAUACAGAUACUGUACAGAAACUACCUACUAAUUCCGAAUCGAAUAUUGUGAGAUGUUCUGUGGUUCCUCGUUUCAAAUACCUUCCAAUCAGUGCUCCAGCGUUGUCUUCUAGAGGUAAUAAUUGGAAACCUAAUAUGGCUGCCUCCAACAAUAUUACUUCAAGUUCCUGGAAAGCUUACACGAAUGGAGGGCUUUCCCAGAAAGGUGAUUUGGAUGAUCACCAGAGUUUUGGUGUUGCAACGCCAUUCUUGAAAUCUUUCAUGCAGGUUGGCAGCAGACUCUGAGAGAGUACUUUGAAACUGGGAUCCAUGUUAACGAACGGACAAGUGGGCAUAUUCAAGGAUCAACCCGCAUCUGCCAUGUCAACCUUCGGUGACAUUUUACCUGUACAAGCUGCUGGACUUCUUUCAUCUUUUACAAACACCAGGUUAGAUUUUUAAUCUCUGCUGGAUUUCCCAGAUUAAAAUGGAUACAUCACUUAUGUUAUAUGGAGGGUAGGGCGGCUUGAAAUUUCCGAGUUCGACGAUCAACGAUGGGGAACAGUACCGAGUGAUAUAGUUCGAA